GCGGAAGUCGAGCUGUGACCUCCGACGCGCUGCCCCGGCCCCAAGUGUUCGUUGGCGCUCGGGCACUUCCGGCCGGGAGACACCAUGCCUUUGGAUAGAGACCUAGUGCAUCCAUCUCUAGAGGAGGAAAAGAGAAAGCACAAAAAGAAACGUCUGGUGCAAAGUCCAAAUUCCUACUUUAUGGAUGUAAAGUGUCCAGGCUGCUACAAGAUUACCACAGUGUUCAGCCAUGCUCAGACAGUGGUUCUGUGCGUUGGGUGCUCAACUGUGUUGUGCCAGCCUACUGGAGGAAAGGCUAGGCUUACAGAAGGUUGCUCCUUUAGAAGAAAACAACAUUGAAUGCUUCCUUUACCAUAAUGACUCAGAGUAUAUGCUCCUGGACGCCUUAUCUGUUCAAAAAUGUCGGUUAAUCUAACAAGUUGAUUGCUAGUGUUUCUUACAAAAUCGAACAGUUAUCUGGUGGGGGGUUUUUCCCCAUAAAAUGUCUUAAUGUGCAGAUUUUUCCAGAAAGUCUAUGGGUAAUUGAGCUCUAUUUUUAUAGCUUUUUAUUACUGUAUUUUGAAUGGGUGAUGCCAUUCUACACAAGAAUGAGAAUUAAAGACUUGUUGCACCUUUUGUUAAUUAUAAACUGACUAAUCGUCACUGCCCUAUCAGCCAUGGAAAUGAAAGGCAAGUGCCUGUGCAUUUGCAAAUGGAGACUGCUGUAGGAAUACAUUUCCUAUAUUUAAGCAUUGAGUGUUUCUGCCACUGUUGUGAUACAUGGGGUUGAAACUGCUAGCUGGGUAUACAAAACAAAUAGCUUUCCACAGGAAAAUAAGAAAAUAUUCUCUGUGCAUAGGGGAUAUGGCAUAUGAACAAAUACCUAUUGGGGUAUGUCUAUUUUGAAAUGUCAGUUAUUCUGAAAUAACUCUAUGUAAAGUGCAUGUCUACAGAGCAAGCCAUUAUUUCAAAAUAAUUUUGAAAUGGAGGACUUCUUACUCCAACUCUUGUAACCCUAAUUUCAUGAGGAGCAGGGGAAGUCGAAAGAAGAGUGUUCUUCAGCUUCCUACUGCUUAGACAACGCUAAGAGCUGAAUUAAGCUAUUUUGACUUCAGCUACACAAUUGACAAUUGCUUAAUUUGACUUUUGCCCUGCAGUGUAGACGUGCCCUUAGAGAGCUAAGAAUGGUAUCAAGUCACAAGGAAAAGAAUAACAUUCAGUUCAGAAAAUUAGUUCCACUCAAUGGCAGGAUUAAUUAGAAAAUAAAGUAUCUUGGUAUAAUGCUUGCUAAAUCUAGUAAAUUGCUAUUAAGUAGGUUUUAUCCUAAAAAAAGACCAUGCUUCAACAUUUUAGGUUCUGAAAAGAUAUUAUUCAUAUCAAUUAACCAGCUUGCCUGUAAGAAAAAAAAUUGGUGGUUUUUUUUUUUUAAAGGACUGCUUCCUUUUCUAAAUUGCCAUGGAAUUCUAACAGAAUUGACAUUAUUUCUUUAUAUGGUAAGCCAUGUAGACAGUGCAUUCUUAAAUCUAUUUUAUAGCAAUGUCUUGAUUUAUAUGUAAACAUUGCCUAAGUUAAGUAUGUCUCAUCAUUUGGUGGGCAUUGGAAAUACUGUCUCAAUUUAAACUGUAUUCUUUUGCAGUAAGAGCAAUUCAACUUCAAAUCAAUAAACAAUAAUGCUUAAUA